GCUCGCAGCUUCGACCUCUUCAACCUCUUCUUCAAGCCUGGCACUCUCCGCUUCUGCCUCGAUUCCUCCCAGAAGGCAGCCCUUGGCCCCGACGUGCCAGUCUGCGUCCAUAUUCCUGCCUCCGAGUCUGCCAAAUCGUCCCGCCAUGGCUACGCAGUCGUCACGACCCCUGCCGGCGCGCAACAACCUCGGCCCCGCCUCGAGAUGAAAAGCCCAUCUCUAUCCACAUGCGCUCAAUUCCUUCCGUCCCAACUCAGGAUCUGACAACACCAAUUGGCCCGCCCUUCCUCCCGCCAUGGCCGCAACAACGAAUCCUCUCCAUGGCACCCACGCCGCCGAAAGCCCCACCGUCUCCGAGCAGACCUUCACCAUCGCCGGCAUCCUCGUCACCGUCCACGGCCUCGCCGAACUCCCUCCCUCCACAUCCUCCGUCGCCUGCCUAUGGCUUCUGCACCCGCGCCUGCAGAAGAAAGAGACAAUGGCACCCAUAGCCGCCCAGGUAGUCCAAGCGUGGAACAAGCGCAUCGCCCACGGCCACGCAGGCAAGACCCCGAAAGGCUUCAUCGCCGUCUCCUUCGAUCAGCGAAACCAUGGCACGCGUAUGGUGGAUAAACUACACAACCAGGCGUGGCGCGAAGGCAAUCCACGGCAUGCGCAGGACAUGUUUAGCUGCUUCCAUGGCACCGCGACCGACACGUCGCACCUGAUAAGCCAUCUCGAAUCGUACAUCUUCACCUCUGCAGACGGGCCGAAGAUCACACAGCAUCUGUGUCUCGGCAUCUCAUUGGGCGGGCAUGCGGCAUGGCACUGUGUCCUCGCGGAUCCGCGGAUCUCCGCUGCUGUGAUCGGCAUCGGGUGUCCGGAUUACACCAGGUUAAUGACGGAUCGUGCGCGCUUGUCAAAACUGAAAUCAUACACAUCUACUACGCCUCCCGGUUCCUCUUUCCUCGGCUCGCCAGACUUCCCCCAAGCGCUUCUGGAUGCCAUCGCCAGGUACGAUCCAGCUGGUCUUCUUCUACCAGGCCAAUUCAACCCCACUGGUCCCGACCCCGAAGUUGGAAAGGCGAAACUCGAUCGCUUUAAAGUGCUGCUCCGGGAACGACUACAUGAGAAGCACAUCUUGAACUUGAGCGGAAGAGACGAUAAAUUAGUACCGUAUGCGGCGGGUGAGUCCUUCCUGAAGGUGUUCAAGCAAGUGCUGGAAGAGGAUCCAGGCUUGCAUAUCAGUUUUGAGGACGUGUUGUUCGAUGGAGUGGGCCAUGCGUUUCCGAAAGCCAUGGCGGACAAGGCUACGGAUUGGAUCUGUCAUCUGUUGGCGAAAGAGGAGGUGCAGGUCACAAGUAAGAUAUAGCGAAGCGCAAUAGAAUGAGGACGAAGCCUUUUCUUUUUAGCGGGUAUUGUGCAGCUAAUGCUACAGAAUACGAUUGCGCCCAAAGCAGGUUCCGCAGGGUAUACAACGCCGAAAAUGCAAGCCGAAGCCUAUGGCGAACCCGCAAAACCAUGCCCAUCCCUCACGAGUCUCUUUUCAAUCCAUCCCAGGCGACGGAGUCCCAUCGAGACCAUCCGCCUCCGCACUACUUGCCCUUCCCAUCCCCACUCCGCAACCUCAACCCGAUGUUCUUCUCCUUCUGCGCCUCCUUCUCAAUCUCCUCCUGCGCCGCUGAGACGCGCCUCGUCUGCCUCACCCCAGCCGCGGGCUGACUCGGCGUCGGAGUUGGCA